AUGGGCUCGUGCUUUUCUCGUGAUAAUGAAUCGACGGCGAAGCAAAGGCAGUCGAAACGAGUGGCGGCGGCGGGAGGUGGUGUUGGGAGCAAUCGGUGGACGAGGAUUCGUUCGUCGAAGAGAGAUGAGAAUCGUAUUCAUGAGCAAGCGUUGGCUGCGGCGAUUCUUUUCCAGCAGCAGAUGGAGAACGGCGGCGUAGCACCGUUUGACCGGUCCACUUCUUUGAGGUAUCCGAGUGGAAACUCGAAGAGGAAUCAGACUUUUCCUCGAAGCUCGAGUUCCAGAGCUCGGUCUCUCACUGAUCCUUUGCUUCAACCACACCAGCUAGUUAAGCAGGAUAUCAAUGUCGAUAAUCUAGAGACCAACCAUUUUGUCCUCGUUCAUGGUGGUGGUUUUGGUGCCUGGUGCUGGUAUAAAAGUAUUGCAUUACUGGAAGAAGGUGGAUAUAAAGUAACUGCAAUAGAAUUGACUGGUUCUGGGAUUCAUUCAUUUGACACAAAUAGCAUCACAAGUCUCCAUCAAUAUGUGAAGCCACUUAUUGACUUUUUUGAGAACCUUGCUGAUGGGGAGAAGGUGAUUUUAGUAGGACAUGAUUUUGGUGGGUCAUGCAUAUCAUAUGCAAUGGAGUUGUUUCCCUCCAAAGUUUCAAAAGCUGUUUUUACUGCUGCAGCUAUGUUGGUUAGCGGGCAAAGGACCCUUGAUAUGUUCUCCGACAAGGUGGAUUCAAAUGAUCUGAUACGACAGGCUCAGGUGUUCAUUUAUGCUAAUGGGAACAAUCAGCCUCCAACUGCUAUUGAUUUCGACAGAGCUCUAUUAAAGGAGUUACUAUUCAACCAGAGUCCUGCCAAGGACGUUGCAUUGGCAUCAGUCUCAAUGAGGUCGAUCCCUUUUUCACCAGUUCUUGAGAAGCUCUCUCUUUCUGACACAAAGUAUGGCUCUGUGAGACGGUUUUAUAUUGCAACUCUAGAAGAUAAUGCCAUACCCAUUGCUUUACAGGAAAGCAUGAUCAACAAAAGUCCCCCAGAGAGACUAUUCUGUCUUAAAGGCGCUGAUCACUCGCCAUUUUUCUCAAAGCCUCAAGCGCUACAUAAACUGUUUGUGGAAAUCUCGAAGAUCCCAUGA